AUUGAAGAGUGUGCGUAGCAUUUCAAAUUUGAAACUGCAUACAGACUAAAACAUAUACAAAGCAAAGAUUGAAAUAGCAGCAGCGGCGACAUAAUACUUCGAUUCUGAAUGAAAUUUAGUUUGCCUAUUCUUCAAUAUACAAUACAUACACAUAUUACAUAUUUCUGUUCUUGUUUCUGUGCUUAGUUUUUUUCUUCUUAUGUUAUGGUGUUGAUUUGUGUAGUGGAUAGAUCAAAACGAAAAAAAAACAUACCGAGAGAAAGAGAACGGAAUGUUUAACCACAGCGUAAAACAUUGAUUUAUUUCAGAAAACUAUUUACAAUCGUGCGGUGAUUGAAUUGUGAACGCUUUGUGAACGUUUCAAUAGAGUUUUAUUUAUUCUUUUUCUCUGCUAUCUCAUGUGCGGCAUUUGUGAGUUAAAAAUAUUUCUACAAUUGCAAAUUUUUGUUCCAGUGAAAUAAAUGAAAUGUAAAAAAAUAUUAAUUCCAUUUUGAUAUAAGUGAAAAAUUGAGUGGAAUCCAUAUAUUACCUGUAAAGAGGGACAUACAAAAUAUAUGUUCAAGUGAAAUGAACUAAAAAUGAGUAUCACGAAGAAAUUGGGAAAAUUAAAAUGAUACACAGAACAAGCACAGAUUGAAUUUUACAACUUGAUUGAGAAAGAGUGAAGCAUCAAAAUAAUGACUGAAAAAAUAGUGUGAGAGAGACGAAACUUGUUUAUGGUUCCGAAGAGUGCAUCAAAAUGGACUAAGAUUGUCUAGUGUAAAUGCAGGAAAAAUGGAUUAACAUACGCCUUUGAAAUAAAUCCGUCCCAAACAUUUUGCGAAGAACAAAAACAACAAAUCCGACGCAAACCGUUGCACCAAUUGACAAACAAAUUGACGAGAAAAAAGGAAGUAAGAAAAUUUCGUGGACAUUUUUUUUAAUUGGAAAAGAAAAGAGAAAUAGAGAACGAGUAAAUGAGACAAGAAAAAGAAGCCGGAGAAAAUUUCGAGAAGACUGCGUUUUUUAUAUCUACCUGUCAACAGCAAAAGAAAGUCACAGAAAAUACAACGACAUUAGAGUUACAAUCGCCGUCAUUAUUAUGGAAUUUUAAAAUUCAACCUGAACUAAAAAUACGAUAUUUUUUGCUAGCCAUAUUCUCAUUAUUACCAACUAUUCACAGUAAUUUUAACACAUUCACUAAGAUUAUGAUGUUAGACAGCCGGCGAAAAUCAAUCAUAACGCUUUUUAUUUUAUUGAUUAUCUGUAUGAGCAUUGCAUCCAGCGAUGCAACACCAAACAAACAUUUCGCUAGUACAAAGACUAAGAAGGUGACCGCAGCAGCCGUUGCUGAUACAAGUGUUCAACAGUUGUCAUCGACAGCCACAUCGAUUUCAUCGCCAAACUAUUUGUACACACCAAAUAGACAUUUACAUAAAUCCACACAUGUAACAAGGUCGGUGUCACUGCCCGUUACAUCAUCUGAUGUUUUAGCUCAAUAUACAUUGCCAAAUGGUAGUUACUUCACUCACAUGACAUUCGAUCAACGAAAUUCAAACAUCUAUGUCGGUGCAUCAAAUCGAAUUAUAAAACUUGACUAUAAUUUGUCGGUUACUGGAAUUGCAAUUACAGGACCAAAACCCGACAAUCCAAUGUGUCAUGGUGUUUGUUCCGAUGAUAUGGAAACGCACGAAACGAUAAAUCAUAAUAAAAUUUUGGUAGUAAACGAAGCUGGAUCCACUCUCAUUACAUGUGGAAGUGUAAUGCAAGGUUCAUGUACCAUUUAUCCAACAGAUAAAUUUCCAAAUUCACCUGAAUAUAAAGACAUUCCGCUUGCAGCUAACGAUGAACAUGCAUCGACAUUGGCAUUCAUUGGACCAUCACGAUACACAUCCUGGAAUAAAGAAGAUGUUUUGUAUGUUGGCGCAACAUUUACCAAUGUUGGUGAUUAUCGACACGAAGUACCAGCAAUAUCAUCGCGUCGUUUGGAUGAUUUGGCAUUUGCAGAAUUCUCAUUUACUUCGCAAACCAUUUUAAACAUUGAUGUUAACCAUCGUGAUCACUUUUUAGUCGACUACAAAUAUGGAUUCAAUACUAGCGAAUAUGCAUACUUUGUGAUUGUACAGAAGAAAUCACAUUUGGUUGAAGAGGCCGGCUAUAAUACACGAAUUUCACGGGUUUGCGUUAGCGAUCCAAAUUAUGACAGUUACACAGAAAUCACAUUACAAUGCAAGAAACGACUCAGUACAAAUGAAAACGAUAUUGAUACUGCUGAAAUUAAUUAUAACAUUUUACGCGAUGUAAAAGUUACACCGGCCGGUCAACGUUUGGCACAACAAAUGGGCAUCAAACGUGAUGAUCUUGUUUUAGUCACUGUUUUUUCACCAUCAAAAGAAAUUACGAACGAACCACAAGCCAAAUCAGCAGUUUGUCUAUAUAGUUUGAAAGACAUCGACGAAACAUUCACCGAAAACAUUCACAUGUGUUUCAAUGGAACUAUUAAAGAUCGAAAUAUGGGAUAUAUUUCAGGAACGAUUAACGAUGGAAAAUGUCCAAUUGUUGGGUCUACUGGAAAUGUCUAUAACUUCUGUAAUGUAGGCUUGAAAAUAAGCGGGGUAUCGCCAAUAGUUGCUUAUUCUCUCUUUGAUUUUGAAAAUGAGUCGAUAACUUCAGUAACUGCAGCUUUGACGGGGCCCCAUACUCUUGCCUUUUUGGGAACAACCAAUGGUCGGAUUAAAAAAGUACUGAUAUCUGGUCAGGAUCUUGGUGAAUAUGGUGAAAUUGAAAUUGACUCAGGCAAUGCUAUUCUACCCGAUACUAUGAUGUCCCCGAAACAAGACUAUUUAUAUGUAUUGUCCAAGCAAAAGAUUACAAAAUUGCGUGUGGAGCAUUGUAGCGUUUAUACAAACUGUUCAAGCUGUUUGGAAUCACGGGAUCCAUUUUGCGGGUGGUGUUCUUUAGAGAAAAAGUGCACGAUACGCAAUGCAUGUCACAAAGAUUCAUCAAAUCAACGGUGGUUGUCAUUAGGAACAGGUCAUCAGUGUAUUGAUUUUGAAAUGGUGUUACCAAAUAAAAUUCCAAUCAAUAAAAUGACUAGUGUACAACUUGUAAUAAGAAUACUUCCAGAGUUGCCACCGAAUGCAAAGUACAAAUGUGUGUUUGGAAAUUCGACGCCGAUCGAUGCAAAUGUUUUAGAAAAUGGUUUAUCAUGUCAAACGCCACCACUUAAUAAUCGUCCAACUAUUCUAGCUCAAAGUGAUCAUGUCUUAGUUCCGCUUAGUGUGCGUAGCUCAGAAACGAACAAAGAUUUCGUUUCGCGAAGUUUUGCAUUUUUCGACUGUUCACGACAUGACACGUGCCGUAAAUGUGUGCAAAGCGAAUGGAAUUGUAAUUGGUGUCUUUACGAUAAUCGUUGCGUACAUAAUUCAACAACCUGUCGUAGUACAGCAAGUGUCAUUAGUCAAUCAUCGUCAUGUCCGCAUUUUAAGCCAAACGUAAACAAUGAGCCUAUUCUAUUGGCAAAUCAAGUUCCAAAAGAAAUUUGGUUGGAAAUUGAAAAUCUGCCGCGUCCGCAAAGUUCACACACUGGAUUCUCGUGCAUUGUCAACAUUGAAGGAGCCCAUAUGUCAUUACCAGCUAGAGUCGAAUCGAAGAAAUUUAUUGUUUGUGAAAAGACAACAUACUCAUAUGAAGCGCUCACGAAUGAAUAUGAAGCGCGCGUUGAUAUUCUUUGGAAUCGUAACCACUAUAUCGAUACUGUGCCAAUAAUUUUAUAUAAAUGUGAUGUUUUAGGAUCUCAUCGUGAACAUGCUGAUUGUUCGUUAUGCGUCACAAGAGCAUCGAAAUAUCAGUGCACUUGGUGCGGCAACACUUGUAUGUAUAAUGAAACCUGUGGAGUUGGAAUGGCCGUUAAUGAGUGCCCACGUCCAAGAAUUGAUAUGAUAAAACCGUUGAGUGGUCCAAUGGAAGGAGGUACAUUAAUAACGAUCGAAGGAAGCAAUUUGGGAAUACGCGCCGAAGAUGUACGUGACAAUAUUCGCAUUGGAAAUAUUCCAUGUGAAUUGAUCACGUAUGAAAUUUCGGUUAAGAUUGAAUGUCGUACGGGGUCGGCUGGUUUUGAAAUGUUAGCACCGAUUAAAGUUGGAAAUGAAGCCGGAUUUACAGAAUCAAGUGUACAAUUCUCCUAUAAAGAUAUUCAAUUGGAUGGAUUAUUACCGCAACGAGGUCCACAAAGCGGUGGAACUAAAUUAUCAAUUAUUGGAAAAUGGUUAAAUAUUGGUUCAAGUAUUACGGCAUUUUUAGAUAAUUAUGAGUGUUCAGUUAAUGGAAGUCAAGCAUCUUCAUCGCAAAUAACAUGCACAACAUCGGCAGCACGGCAUCCACAAGAAAUUCGUGAAUUGACACUCAUCAUUGAUAACGCUAAUCGUACGUACACAUGCCGAAAUACACCAUCUAGUGUAUCAAAUAUUGAUUCAGACUCUGAUUUUGAUGUCACCAAAGGUUAUAAUGGAUACUCUGAUAUUAUUGGAUGUAGUAUAUUUAACUAUACAACCGACCCGAAAGUAAUGCAAAUUAAGCCAUUGAAAAGUUUUUCGAGUGGUGGUCGAAUGAUCACUGUACAUGGAACGAAUUUGGAUUCAAUUCAAAAGCCAGAAUUAGAAGUAUUUUUCGAUAAUGAACUCGUGAAUAAAUCCAUAUGUACAGUGAUCGCAUCAAAUCAAAUGGAAUGCCCAUCCCCAGCAGUAAAUGAUAAAUUCAAUGAAUACCGUCGCGAUAUUGAAACGCUACAGCAACAAAUGGCCGUGGCAAUACCAACCGCAUCACUUGAUAAAUUACCACAUAUGAAAACGUUACCCGUUGAACGACGAAAGAGACAAAAUUCAUAUUCAGAUACAUUAUAUACCACAAUUAGUUACUAUACAUCAGCAGCUGCAUCAACCGCUUGGUCAACACCAAUCAGUAGCAUUUAUGUGGAUGCAAUUGGGGCCACUUCACCAACAGCCUUGGCUAGUACGAGUUCUGAGGUUGAAAGUGACCUUAGUACGAGCAACGAUAUACCGGCAUCAUUGAAAAUCCAUGAAACGCAGCUAUCGUUGCAAGUUAGUUUUGUAAUGGACAAUGUUCAAUCGGUGCGAGAUUUAGAUAAACACUUUCAAAAUUUACGUUCGACCAUUAUUUAUGUUGAUGAUCCAGUUUAUUUUUCGUUUCCGAACAAUUUGAAACUAUAUAAAGGCGAUACGCUCGUGAUUGAAGGUGAAAAAUUAAAUAUUGCCAGCGAUGAAACAGAUGUUAGUGUCACUAUUGGACAAAAGCAAUGUAACGUUACUAGUUUGGCAUUGACACAAUUAGUUUGUACGCCACCAGAACAACAACCAGAACCAACUGAUGAACUUGGAAUCGAAACGUCAACAUAUUUACCAUUAGUUGUUGUACACGUCGGUCGAAGUCUUCGCUUCCCGAUUGGAUAUUUAAAAUACGAAUUGCUCAAACCAUACACAUUUUCACAUGCAAUAGUUGGCAUUGCCAUCGGAUGUGCCAUCAUUGUUUGUCUAUUAUUUAUUAUUUUAAUCGUUUAUCGACGAAAAUCAACUCAAGCUGAACGAGAAUAUAAGCGAAUUCAAAUCCAAAUGGACACACUCGAAAGCAAUGUCCGAAUGGAAUGUAAGCAAGCAUUUGCCGAAUUACAAACGGACAUAGGUUUAACGGCCGAUUUGGAAAAUUCUGGCAUACCAACCCUUGAUCACAUAAACUACAUAAUGAAGGUGUUCUUCCCGGGCGUAUCAGAUCAUCCGAUCUUAAAUUCGCCAAAACUACGAAUUCAGACAUCAAGAACAAACUAUGAUACCGCCAUGAUCCAAUUCGAACACCUCAUCAAUAACAAAGUAUUUUUGCUUACAUUCAUCGAUACACUUGAAGCACAGAAAUCAUUCAACAUUCGCGAUAAGGUGAACGUUGCGUCGCUUUUAAUGAUUGUGCUGAUGAAUAAAAUGGAUUAUGCAACGGAUAUUCUCAAGUGUUUGCUGUUGCGUCUAAUUGAUAAAUCAGUUAUAACAAAACAUCCACAAUUGAUGUUGCGUCGUACUGAAAGCGUUGUAGAAAAAAUGCUGACAAAUUAUAUGGCAAUUUGUAUGUAUGAUUACUUAAAGGAUUAUGCUGGUUCCAGUUUAUUUUUGCUUUUCAAAGCGAUUAAACAUCAAAUUGAGAAAGGUUUAGUCGAUGCUGUAACGCACGAAGCUCGUUAUUCAUUAUCCGAGGAAAAGUUAUUGCGUGAACAAAUUGCUCAUAGCGUGGUGACUUUGCAUAUUGUUCAAGAGGAUUUAGAUGAGAAGAUUCAGUGUAAAGUACUGGAUUGUGAUACAAUUUCACAAGUUAAAUCAAAAAUCCUAGAUCAUUUAUUUAAAAAUACUCCAUUUUCAAUGCGUCCAUCAAUACAUGAAGUAGAUUUGGAAUGGCGUCACGGCCGCGGUGGUCAUUUAACUUUACAAGAUGAAGAUUUAACCACAAAAACAAUCGGCGUACAAUGGAAACGUUUAAAUACAUUGGCUCACUAUGGUGUAAAGGAGUCAGCAGUUAUGUCAUUAAUUGUGCGGCAAACAAAUACUGAAAUUUACAAUAACUCAUACAAUGCAAAACAACAUCAAACACAUGGAUAUUACAUUAAUAAUUCACAGUCACACAUAAUUAUGAAUAAUGAUUUAGACGGGCUGCAAUCACCAGCAGUAUCUGGUGUACGAUAUUUCCAUUUGGUUAAACCGAUGGUGUUCUCGGCAAAUAUGGACGAUCAUCACUUGAACAUAAAAAAUAUGGCAAUGUCUAUUGGUGUAUUGGGUAGCCAAGGAAUGCAAAUUCUUGGCUCAGCCGGCGUUAAUGAUCGAAGCGCGAAUAAAACAAUUCCAGAAAUUUUUCUAACAAGAUUACUCGCCACCAAAGGAACUAUUCAAAAGUUUGUCGACGACUUUUUCCAAACAAUUCUAACGGUGAACGUAGAUCUACCGCCAGCCGUCAAAUGGCUUUUUGAUUUGUUGGAUGAGGCUGCACAUCGUCAUGGAAUCGUCGACAGUGAAAUUAUUCAUGCAUGGAAAUCAAAUAGUUUGCCAUUGCGAUUUUGGGUUAAUUUCAUCAAAAAUCCUGACUUUAUUUUUGACAUCAAUAAAACAUUAACGGUUGAUGCAUGCUUAAGUGUUAUCGCACAAACAUUUAUGGACUCAUGUUCCACCACCGAACAUCGCUUAGGAAAAGAUUCACCGAGUAACAAAUUACUCUUUGCAAAGGAUAUCCCACAAUAUCGGGAAAUGGUGAAGCAAUUUUAUCGUGACGUAGCUCAACUUCCACAAAUCAGCGAUCAUGCCAUAAGUAGCAGUAUGCAACAACUCUCAAUUAACGAUGAAUUCGAUACGAUCGCUGCAUUGAAAGAACUUUACAUUUAUGUGACCAAAUACAGGGAUCAGAUUCUCGAUGCAUUGAACAAUGAUACAAACUGCAUAAAAGGUCAUUUGGCUCAUAAACUAGAGAAUGUCGCAUGUACACUUGAAGGUGAAGAGACGUCCGCCUGCUGACAAGAGUCGCAACCAGCCAAACCGGCGCCACAACAAACGAACAAAUUUCGCGGCCAUCAAAGCAAUACAACAAACCGAAGGCGUCGCAGGUCUGGUAUAGCAGGUAUAGAAGAUACUGAUUUAGGCGAAGAAGCGGAUGAUGAUUCAUCUUCGCGCAAAAGUGAUAGAAGCGAAGAUAGUGAUUUCGAAAUAGAUGAUAUUUACAUAAAGAAACAGUUAAUUUUCGGCAACAAGUAAAUAACUAAAACGAAAUGGAUCAAUAAAGCGAAUGCUCCAAAACAUACAAAAUUCCACCUUCAAAUACAUACACGUUUAUGCUAAGAUAAUAUUCUACUCAUUAUACCUAAAUGUAUACAAAUGUCUUUUGUUUAACUUUAAAAACAUGUGGUUAUAAGCUAAACGAUUUGUUUUCAUCAAGCAGAUAUUCAAUUUUAAAUUAUAUAUAAGACUUAAUCGAUAGAAAGAUGAUAAAGUUGUGGUGUCACGAAAUGGUUAUGAAACAAAUAACAGAAAAUGAUUUGUUCAACAAAAAUCUAUGUAUUUAUUUAUAGAUAUAUUAAUUGUAUAAAGCCCCACAUUUACAUCUGACUUUUAAAAGGACGCAAAAGCACACAACAAAAUCGUCGUUCAAGUGAAUUUCAUCGAAUCAUUUUACCAUAUUUUAAAUUAAGCUAAAAAAUAUGCUCACAUUAUAUUACAAAUUACAACAAACUUUGAUCGAAAUCAAGUUUUAUUAGAAAAUUCAAUAUAUUUUUACUCUAAACUUAUAAAUAAAAACGGUGAAUUCAAAUA